AUGGAUGGGGUACUUUCUUACGCUUUUGCCUACGAUCACCCUUCGCAGCAUUCGCAUUCGCAUUCGCAAUCGACCUCGACUCGGUAUCCUUCCGGAUCGUCUUCGAAUUCAGUCCUGCGCGAUCACUCCCUAGGCUCGGCAUCGCCGGAUUUCUUCAUUCCCUCAUUGAUCGUGUCGUCGUUUAUGGCUGCUGCUCCUCCUUCCGCUCCUGUUACUGCUCCGGUAAGGAAAAUCGCUACUCCAUCAGUGCCGUUGCCAAAGCCUCGAGCACAGAGGCCCGCUGAGCCUCGAUUCCCCGCUAUGACCAAAGGUCCCAAGUGGACCGCCGAAGACGAUGCUCUUCUUCAUAGCUUACACGCAGAUGGUGUACACUGGAAAGACAUUGCCACCAAAUACUUUCCAAAUAAAACACCCGAGGCAUGUCGGUGUCGUGUGAAAUACAACAAGCAACGUGCCAUAAAAAGGGCGUUCGACCCCAAGAAGACUGAAGCUAUGUCUGCUCUGAUGUCCACUCAACUUACGCAACCUGAGCUUCCGGUCCCUCAACUGCAAGCAACGUUCAUUCCUAUUUCCAAUUCCCAAUCGACCCCCUCCUCCUCGUCACCCAAUUGCAGGGAGGAGGCGCCUGGGGACACUUCUGUCAUGGACUCUUAUGCGAGAAAUAGGAAGAAGAUAUGGUCUCCUAUUGCCAAUGAAGCCAAUGUGUCAUGGGAGGAUGCUGAGAGAGUGGUGUUUGGACAUGGUUUAGUCCCCACUAUCACGGAUCAAGGUUCACCGCUUGACGUCCCUAUCCGUGAAGGCAGAAAGAGAAAGGCAGAAGACGUCCUCAAAACCGAGCGAGGCAUCCGGAGAGGCUACAGACAGAAAGUGAAGGAGGUGGGCCCCAUAUACUCAUCCCCUGACAACGAAGGACGACUUGCGAGGGCCAUCGACGUUUGUUUCCCCACGUUAAGACAGUUGAGGAUGAGGGAGGUGAUCUUUGAUUGA